AAAUGUUACGUGUUGUAAGGUCAGCUGGUGCUCAGAACGUAUCUUGUUUUGAGGAAAAUGUCUGCGUCGACCACCACUAAGGGCUUUUCUGGUCUCCUGCAGUUAAUUGCUGCUUCUAACUACACUAAAACUAGAUCACUGUUGGUGAGGUCGGCAGUCGUUCAACCAUACUUUAGAGCUCUGAACUCCACGAGCCCACGUUUAUUUAUGUUGACGGAAUCAUUGACGACAACGGAGAUGACCUGUCACCCUACACCCUCUAGGGCUCGCCCUGCAAGACGGUAUUCCUCCGUGUUGAGGUACUUUUCGACGGUGACACCGCAGAAAAUUACCUCUGACAGUCCAACCCCAGACCUGAUCCUAAGUGACUCCUGCAUAGCCAGACUGAAGGAGAUCAUUGUUGAUGACAAGUCCUUCUUGAGGGUCAUAGUGGAGGGCGGAGGAUGCUCGGGGUUUCAGUACAAAUUUGACCUCGACACACAGAUGCUGGAUGAUGACAAGGUUUUUGAGCGAGCUGGAGUACGGAUUGUGAUAGACGAGGCAUCCCUGGAGUUCAUCAGAGGCUCGACCAUCGAAUACCACAUGGAACUGAUCGGCUUUAGGAUCGCCAACAACCCUCAAGCCGAAUCGGGUUGUUCCUGCGGAGCUUCGUUUUCUAUCAAGCUUUAAGGAGAACGUCCGGCUGAAAAUCGGAAAAUUACAAAAAUAUUCAGAAAAAUUCUUGACGUAUUUUGAUUGCAUGAUUCAUAAUAUUUAUGUAGCUAUGCAUGAUUUUUUCCCUUACCUGCCCCUUUUUAUUUAGAGGGCCCUUCUGUUUACGUAGCAAAAGCUAUGGGAAAGUUUUUAUAAUAAUAUUUUGGUGUAAAGUUUGAUGGUAGUAGCUACCUCAUCCAGGGAUGGAGGAUAGCUGAGAUGGGUCAGCUCCUGACUACCUGCUGGGUAGUCAGGAUAUCCACAUUGGUGUUUCGUUUAAGCAGCGAAUGGUAGUGCUCUUUUCAGUGUUGACGGACGCCUUCUUCGUCUUUAAUUGGGGAGUUACCUUCGGAUGAUCGAAGGGGGGCUGUGUCAUGAGUGAUUGGCCCAUAAAAUAUUUUAGUGUAGUUGAAGAAUUCGCGCAUCUUGUUUUGAUCUGCAAGUUUUUGCAUUUCACAUGCUUUAUUUUUAAACCAGUCGUUCUUUAGUUUGCGAAGUUCACGCUGGGCUGCUGCUUUCUUCCGGAGGAAGGUAUCAGCUUUGGUCCUAGACUGAGGGUUGUUCUGCCAGUCAAUUAGCGCAGCACGUUUAUCAUCCGGGUCAUUUUCAUCAAACCAGUCCUGGUGUAUUCAUUCAACCUGGCAGAGGAUCUCUCUCCAGGUUUUUGUCAUGACAGUUUCGAGAAUACUUGCACUCAAUGCGGUACUGGGAUUUGGGUUGUUUGUUGUCGGGUUGUUUAUCAGGCCAUGUUCGAGCUGCUCUCAUUUGCUACCGCUGGAUCCUCCAGACGCUCUAUUGUUAAAAUCUCUUCUGGAGGUUGUGAGCAGC